ACUCUACCUACCAACUAUCACAGGAGAUUCCAAAUCCCUCCGCUUUUUCCACCAUUUUUCCCUUUUUCGUUUAAAAUAUCAAUUUUCUAUUUUCAUGAAUUUUCUUGAUUUACCCCUUCCCCCUAUAAAUUAGACCCUUCCCCAGUUUCAAUAACCUCUUCCUCUUCACUUUUCUAUCUUCUCUUUAGAUUUUAAGUUUCCAAUAUACUGUUAUUAUUUUGCUUCCCUGCCUUUUCUUCGUCUUCUUCUUCUUCUUCUUCAGAUUUCUGGGUUUUGAUUUUAGUAUAGUCUUUAUGCUGCAUAAUUGGUUUUUGAUGUUUCAGAUUCAUGUCUCCUGUACUCAGUGAAAUCCUCCGUUCUGGGUUUACAAUUGAUUCCGCCCUAAGACGCGGGGCUCAUCUUGUUCAAUCUUUCUCCGUUGUAUUCCUCUACUGGUUUUACGUGUUUUCAUAAAUAAGCUUUUAGUCGAGUCUUACAUAGAGCUUAGCUUACAGAUAUCUACAUAUAAGUUUUUAAUCUCUCUUUCAUCCAAGAAUAAUAUCAGUAAUCCCUUUUGGUGUGGUUAUAAGAAAAAUGGCUUCUUCGAGUGGAAAUUCUUCAGGGUCUAUACAGAUUCAGAACUCGGGCUCUGAAGAAGAUUUGCAGCAGUGCUUGAUGGAUCAGAGGAAGAGGAAGAGAAUGCAAUCGAAUCGCGAAUCGGCGAGGCGAUCCCGAUUGAGAAAGCAGAAGCAUUUGGAUGAUAUGAUGGCUAAAGUGACUGAGUUGAAGAACGAGAACAACCAGAUUCUUACAACAAUAAAUGUCACCACACAGCAAUACAUGAAUGUGGAGGCGGAAAACUCAGUCUUGAGAGCUCAAAUGAUGGAACUCAGCCAAAGACUGCAAUCCCUCAAUGAAAUCCUUAAUUACAUCAACAGCAGCACAGCCGCCGUCGCUGCCACUACUGCGCCGCCGCCGCCGCCAGCCACCAACUGCGUGUUCCAGGCUGACGAGUUUCAAGGAUUUUCUGAUGGGUUCUUGAACAAUCCAUGGAAUUUAAUGUACAUUAAUCAACAGCCAAUCAUGGCGGCCUCAGCCGAUAUGUUUGAUUAUUGAUCUUGUGGUGGUAGCUCAUUAGUUUGUUCAAGGUUUCGAUGGUGAAAAAUAAAAAAUAAAAAUGUUUCUUUAUUUGUCUUA